AUGAAGGCGUUCCUUUUCGUGUGCAUGGUUGCCAUCGCCGCUGCUAAUAGCGCCGAGUUGUCGCAAAAACAAAAGGAAGCCGUAAAGAAGUUCACUGCUGAGUGCGUCAAGGAAACAGGCGUCAGACCCGAACUUCUAGCCCAAGCAAAGAAAGGUCAAUUCAGCGACGAUGAGGCUCUUAAGAAAUUUACCCUAUGUUUCUUCAAAAAGACCGGAAUUUUGACUUCCGAUGCGAAGCUUAAUACUGACGUAGCUUUAGCCAAAUUGCCUUCCAACGUCGAUAAAACCAAAGUAGCUAAAGUUCUAGAGGAAUGUAAAAAGAAGACGGGAAAGACUCAUGCCGACACUGCGUUUGAAAUUUUCAAAUGCUACUACAGUGCUGCUCCAACUCAUCUCAUUUUUUAA